UUGAUCGUGUUGAGUGUUAUUGGACAUUCUGAAUCAUAUGGACCAAAGAGAACAUUUCAAGAUUUUUUGGAAUUGUUGGCAUCAUUAGAGUAUGAUUGGAACACUGCAACGUUAGGUUUAUUAGUUGGACAACAAGAAGAAUAUGACAAUAUUAUCUCUUAUUUGGAUAAAUAUGAAUCAGAAUCCUCAUUUUCCAAGAUUGUUGUUAUCAAUUCAAUUUAUAUUGAAAAAUCAAAUACUAUUGAUAGAGGUUCAAGACAUAAUGAUAACAUUCAAAAGGAACGUCGUCGAAACAUUUCAAAAUCAAGAAACUUCCUAGUGACUAAUGCCAUUAGUGAUGAAUCUUUUACAUUCUUCCUCGAUAGUGAUAUGGUGAAGAUUCCAAAAGAUAUGGUUAAAGUGUUUUUAGGCACAAAGAAGGAUGUUAUAGUACCACGUAUUGCCAAAGGUGCAGCCAUUGAAAAUUAUGAUUUCAAUUCAUGGAGAGGCCGUCGUAUUAAACCUACAGCUGAGGAAGACAAGAAGAUGGAUACUGAUCCUAAUUAUUAUUUUGUUCCAAGACCUGAUGGGGCUCACCAUCUACAUGAGAUCAUGCACAUGAAGGAUAAAUACAAACACAAUGGAGAACAGUCGUUCCUUGUUGAGUUGGAUGCGGUAGGAGGUGCCAUCUUAUGGGUCAAGAGUGAGAUAUUCAAGCAAGGUGUGAUGUUUCCUCCAUAUUAUAUCAUAGGUACCAAGUGGGAAAGAGAGGGAUACGAUGGGAUAGAGACUGAAGGGUUGUGCUACCAGGCCAAGAUGAUUGGGUACAGCUGCUGGGGGAUGCCCAACUAUGUUGCACACCAU